AUGAGAUUCAGAAAAGCGGACUUCGACCCUUGUGUUUUCAUCCACAAAACAGGGGAAGUUGUUAUCGCCAUCUACGUGGACGAUAUCCUCAUCUUCUACUGGUCCAUUGAACGUAAAAACCGUGUCAGCCUCCAACUCCAUGCAGAAUUCGAAAUGACGGAAACUGGCACAGCCAAUUGGGUACUUGGAAUCCACUUGAUCCACACUAAGACUGGCGUGAUCCUAUCACAGGAAGCCUAUCUUAAGCGUGUACUUAUCAAAUACGGUUUCGAUGAAUCUAGACCUGUGGCAACACCCAUCGACAGCAAUGUUCACCUACAAAAGGGAACAGAAGCGGAGAAAAUUGACGAUCCAACAAUCUAUCAGUCGAUAAUCGGUUCAUUAAUGUAUGCAGUAAUCGGUACCAGACCGGACCUCGCCUACACCGUCACCAUGCUCUCGCAAUUUUCCUCCUGUGCCACUAAAGCUCACCUGACUGCAGUCCAUCGCGUCCUUCGUUACCUCAAGGGUACCCUCGAUUGGUCAGUCUUCUACGCCAAAACGCCACCCACUGCACUCAUCGGCUUCAGUGACGCAAGCUAUGCCUCUGACAUCGACGAUCGCCGCUCAUUCACCAGCCACUGCUUUAUGCUAGGGGAAGCUCUUAUCUCCUGGUGCUCCUAUAAGCAACGCUCCGUCGCAACCUCUACCACUGAGGCAGAAUACAUGGCCCUUUCGGAUACCAGUCGACAACUGAUUUGGUUAAGGAAUGCGAUACAUGAGUUGGAACGGAAACCGAAACUUUCUUUUAUUCUUCGCGGUGAUAAUAAUGUCUCCGAGUCAACGCUUAUCAACAGUUCAUCUCGAUUGGAGGACUUCCACGAGUCCGUUAUUUCAGGUGCCGGUAAUGACGAGAAUGACAGCACGGAUUUCCCUGGGCCGAAUACUUUACCUGGCAGGAUAAUUAUGCUUGAGAAGGAACAUGCAACUCGUGUUAUAGAAGUCAAGAACUUGAGAUCAACAGUUGAGGACGGAUUUAGGAGGGUUGACAAAAGAUUUGAUGAGUUGAAUACCUGCAUUAGAUGGAUAGUAGGGUUCAGUGUAGGGACAACCGGUCUUGGCUUAGGAGGAAUGAUACUUAAGGUUUUUUACUACGAUUCGCAAGCGAGGGCCGAAAUGCUCGCAGCCAUUGACACAGCUGUUGAUAGAGCAGUUGGCAAAGCCAUAACUCGGAUAGAGAGUGGGGAUUUGAAGGGGGUGGCUGCCGGGAAAGCAGCCGCAGGCGCAGCCGCGCAGAGUGCAGGAAAAGCGUGA